AUGGCAAAACUGAAGAGUCCUGUCUGGUGUGGAGUUCCUGUGAUUGCUCUCACCCUGGUGCUGUCCAAGACCAAUUUGGAGUUUACAGAAAAAACUAAUGGAAACCAGAAACCUGGCUCUUUUGCUAAUGGGUUACCGCAGCCAUGGGGCUGUAAUCAAGAAGCACUAGCAACAGCAUCAAUGCCUUUGACAGAUGGCAGAGGCAGCAGCAGCAGCAAGCAGCAGCUUUUAACUUCAGCAGAGGAAAUGCUCGUGUGGAUGAGUAAAGAUAGCUCAUAUCUGCAAGAGAGAAUCAUGGUGAUCAUCAACAAGGUGUUAAGAUUUACAGUCAGGAAAGUCAGAAAAUAUACAAGUGUUGAUGCUCCAUCUUUGGGUCUCCUGGCAGCAGAGCUGUGUCUUUUGUGUUCCCAUGAAGAUCCCUCGAUUGUACAACAAGCGUCAUUGGGAAUGUGUCACCUCCUCUACAUUGCACAGUGUCAGAAUGAUCUGGGUAUAAAUCAGCCUACAAACGAUAAAAGUUACGGUCUCCAGUUUCCUUCUUCUGAUGUAGAAUUUCUACCCAAGGAGUUUCAACAAGACAAAAGUAAAAUUGCUCAGAGAGUAGGGCAAACCUUACUGCCUUUCCUGCUGACUGACUUUGUGUGGAGUCUCCUGAUGAAACUGUCUUCACCUGAUGAUAAAAUCGCAUCUGAUGCAGCAUCCAUACUGAAAUUUACUCUGGAAUUUCAUGCCAAGAAGGUCACCAUGGUGGCUAAGAUCGUGGAUGCUAUUUAUAGGCAAUUGUGUGAUAACAAUUGUAUGAAGGAUGUUAUGUUGCGGGUUAUCACUUUGUUGACAUGUACUUCACCCAAGAAGGUCAUCUUUCAACUUAUGGACUACUCAGUUCCAGCAGACGACACUCUGAUACAGAUGUGGCAGGCGGCAGGUUCUGAGGCAAGCGUGGCCCCUCAUGUGCUGAAGACAAUCUUAUUGAUACUGAAAGGAAAACCUGGGGAAAUGGAGGACGCCCUAACGCAAGGAAACCGUUUCUCUCUUGAUGUUACCAACUUAAUGCCUUUGGCGGCAUCCCAGGCCCUGUGCACCUUUCUGCCUCUUGGUUCCUACAAGAAAGCGGUGGCCCAGUUUUUCCCCCAGCUCUUGAUGACCCUUAUGUUCCAAGUCUUCUACAGCAGUGACCUGAAACUGACACCCAGGGACAAUGCUUUAUAUGCCCAGGAUGCCCUGAGAGUUCUGCUGAAUUGUUCUGGUCUGCAACAGGUGGAUAUUACUCUAACGAAGGAGAAUUUCUGGGACCAGUUAUCUGAAAAGCGGUGUGAUUAUGGAGUCUACUUUAUGGCUAAAACUCUCAGUGAAUAUAACUUUCCACAGUUUCCAGAGACUCUGCAUUAUCUCUAUAAGCUCUCAGUAGAAGGUCCUAGAAGGUCAGAAGACACUGUCAUUGUAGUAAUAUUCCUCAUUGAACUUCUGAAUAACUUCUUCAAGGACCCUUUCCCAGAAGAAUUUUUGGUCCUCUUCACAAACUGGAUCAAUGAUGCCAAUCCUAUAGUUAGCAAACUGAUCCUUCAGAGAAUUGCCCUCAUGUCACCAGUUGUCAAUAAGAUAGAAAAUGUCAGCAGUAUAUUAAUAGUCAUCCUGGAUGCCUUCCUUUCCAAAGACGAUACUGUUGUACUUCAGGCCUUGCUCACGCUUAGAAGGCUUUUAAACAAACUGGACAAAGUGACCUAUUCUUUGGGUACCAGAAUUGGUUCCAGCUACUGUCCUCUGAUGGAUCAUAUUGAUGGAGGCAUUCGAAGUACGGCAAUUCGACACUUUGGUGAAUUAGUUAGGGAUAUGAGACAGUACACAUGGAUGCUGAAUGAUGUGAUUCUAGAAGGCUUGGUGCCCCUAAUCCUGUUUUUGGAGGAUAACGAGGAAAGAGUAGCUAAAGCAUGUAAAUAUACAUUAAAAAUCUGUACCUCACAAUUAAAGUGGUCAACAUCACAUUUGCUCAAAGAUGAAAAUUACAGUUUUGAGAUGGUGGUGCUCAAUAUCUGUAACAAUCUUAUUAUUUCUCAUAGGAACUACAUUACAGAUUUGAUAUCUAAUACCUUAGGAUUCCUGUGGAGCUCCAGAACGUAUCUUAAGAAGGCAUCGGUUAUUUUGAUAGGAUAUUUGGCAAAAUCUGGUGGUCAUUUACUGCUUAGAGCUGAAAUUGAAGUCAUGAUUGAUGUUAUUGAACGACUGCUCCGAGAUGAAGACCCUGUGAUCAAAGAGUUGGCUGAAAUAACCUAUGAUAUUUUUAAGAAAAUAGCCGAUAAACUGACCUCUGCAACUCUUAAACAAAACUUCCAAAAAUUGCUUAAAUUCUUCUACAUCAAAAAAUUGAAGCCUCUUUACAAUUAUAACUCACUCAAGGACCAGAUAGACAGUCCCACAGACAGUAAAGAUAUCAAGAAUAAUAAGACCUUAGAGAAUAGAAUGAUGAUGGCAUUCAUCAUUCAUAAACAAUGGGAAGUCAACAAUGUCUUGGAGCUGACCUUAGAAGAAUGA